UUUUAUAUAGUAAAUUUAAAUCCAAUUGUUGGUUUUCCUGAAAAGUUUUCAUAGGCUAUCAAUAAUUUGUCUCCUUAAAGUUAUUGAAAAUAUUGAAUAGAAUUGAUUGAUCAGUUUUAUAUUUCUCUUUUUACAGUUUUUUCAAUUGAAUAGCUUCUUGUGAUGUUCAUGAGAUGAGCACAAAUUUUCUUCCUUUUCCAAACAAAAAGUAAUAUAAUUUUAUAUUGUUUUGAUAGAAAGUUAUUUUCAUCAUCUCAAAUUUCAUACAACUGAAAUGAACUAAUAUUAUGAGUGGUGAGGUUGGUCAAAUUGAAACACGGCAUCCAUUUUCUAUUACACUCUUUCUACUUUUGGUGAGAGAACACGUGUGUACCAUAAUUUUGUUUUUAUGAUAAUCUAGUGUAAAUGAGUUUAUUUCAUCUAUCAAAUAUAGUUUUUAUCGUAUAUUAAUUUUGUUCAAGUGUUAGCGUCGCGUUUCUGUGAGCCCUUCUUUAAAAUGAACCAAGAAAAAUUGAAAAAACUUCAAGCCCAGGUGCGCAUUGGAGGGAAAGGAACACCCCGAAGAAAGAAGAAGGUUGUGCAUGCUACUGCCGCUACCGACGACAAGAAAUUACAAAGUUCAUUGAAAAAACUAUCCGUAAACACUAUUCCGGGUAUCGAAGAGGUUAACAUGAUCAAGGAUGACGGUACGGUAAUUCAUUUCAACAACCCCAAAGCUCAGGCCUCAUUGGCCGCCAAUACGUUUGCGAUCACCGGUCACGGUGAAAACAAGCCGAUCACAGAAAUGAUCCCCGGUAUCCUCAACCAGUUGGGCCCCGAAGGAUUAACUCAGCUGAAACGUUUGGCUAAAACUGUAGCCAGCAACGCCAGCGGCGGUAAGGCUACCAUCGAAGAAGACGAUGAAGUCCCUGAGUUGGUGGAGAACUUCGACGAGCCCAGCAAGGAGGAGGUACCUGUCAGUAUUGCCCCCGAGAAGGAUGCGUCUGGCGAAGGCAAGGAGAACACCGCACCAGUCACUGAUGCUGAAUCUAAAGAAAAGUCGAACUAGGCUUAUCAUCAACUGGGAUCCGACUGAGCUCUCAGUGAUAUAAACGCAGUUGGUCUGGCAAUACGACGCUACUACUAGGACCUUGAGAGCAAACCUUCGCAGUCACCUUCUUCUUGAAAACUUUAUCCUUUUCAGAAGCAGUGAACGAACUCCACUCGUUCAUUCAUAAUAUUAUGUAAAUUUACAACCACGAUUGACAAUUAUUGUUUUAUCAAAUAUAACUGUAGAUGGGCUACAGUUCUGUUGUUUUUUAUUGAUUCAAUAAUAAUCCGUCGGCUUCAUAUUUGAUUUUAUGACUGAAGAUUUAGACAGAUUAACAAUAAAGCUGUUGUAAUCAA